AUGCAAGUAGCAAUGGAUGAAAGACAAGAUCUACAAGCUGUAACUGGAAAUGACAAAAGGAAUAUGUCAGAAGAUACAGGUACGAGUGUUUGUGGUGAAUAUCAAAUUAACUCAACUGGUAUGGAGGAUGUCAAGUCUACCAAAGGAUUACAGAACCAAGAAUGUUUGGAACAGAAAGAACAACUAGCAAGGGAGGAAAGACACAAUUUAGGAACAACAACUGAAAAUAACAAAAUGAAUAUGUUAGAACAUGCAGACGUUCUUGUCUGCGGGCAAUAUCAAAAUGGUCUAACUCAUACCAAGCCGUUUAAUCCGUUCUGCUCGACGUCGGACAACUACACCGACGGCAGCCAGUACAAGAAGAACCUGGACCAGUUCCUGGCCGCGCUCCCCACGGCGGCCGGCGACAACGGCUGGUUCUACAAGGGCAGCGCCGGGUCGGGGCCCGACGCGGUGUUCGGCCUCAUCAUGUGCUUCGCGGACCGCGACGCGUCCGAUUGCCUCUACUGUAUCUCCACGGCGUCAGCCGGGAUCACGACGGCGUGCCCGGGCAGCCGGAACGUGAGCGCGGCGUACGACGUGUGCGUCCUCCGGUACUCGGCCGCGCCGAUCCCCGCCACCGCGGACCUCGGCUACGUAUUCGCCGAGCCGCUGACCGCCAUCGGCAUGCCUGUGACCUCAGAAGCUGUGCCGGACGCCUAUGUGCCGCUGAUGGCCGCCCUCUCAAGCGGCAUCGCCUUUGACCCGUCGCGGAGUUUCAGAAGCAGCAUGGCGUACUCGAGCACGGGCACGCAGGAGAUGAAGAUGUACGGGCUGGCACAGUGCACCAGGGACCUCAACGGCAGCGAGUGCUCGACCUGCAUCAGGAGCUACGCCAUCAGGCUGGGGAAGCUGUUUCCCAGUCACACGGGAUGCUCCAUCAAGGGCUACAGCUGCUACCUGCGCUACCUGGUGUCGUUCCCGAUAGACAUCACUCUGCCGCCGGCGCCGGCGCCGGCGCCACCUACGUCUUCGCCGCCAACUCCAGAACCAUCAAAGACAGGGAUCGUGAUUGGCGUGUCUGUCGGCUCCGUCUCGAUCAUGAUCAUCCUGGCCAUCUUCUCCAUAUGGCUCCUUCGCCGGCGACGGAGGAGGCAGGCUAGAAUCCUUGAGGAAGCGAGGGAGCAAGAGCUGGGAGAAGGACGGUCAUGA